AUGACCGAACGUCGGCCUAUGAUCAGCUUGCGUCAAGCUAAGGGUAAUCGCCCUGUGGAGCUGAAAUCAGCAACCGGGGAAACCCACUUCGAAGGCGGAGUCAGAGGGGGUAUUGUCGGCGGAGACAGUGCCUUUGACACAAGGAACGAAGGAUAUUGGUCUCCGACUUUUCCCUCGGAUGUGGCACUAGGCAAGCCUGAAUUUGUGCCAGCGUCGCAACCCGACGAGGAAGAUGAUGAUGAUUCGCCACAGGAUCAGGGUGGCACGGACGAGGAUUAUGAGGCUCGACUCAUCGUAGCUCAGCUGGAAAUCGAGGAGCUUCGCAGUGCCUGA